AUGCUACGAUCGCCGGUUGGCGGCCAAGCCCAGCCACAGUCGCCUACCAAAGUAGGGAAAGUGCCUACGACAGACGCGGGGGAUACGGCACCCUUCGCAUGGCUGGGUCAUCACUUAGAGGCACUGACGAGGGCCGAACCAAGUGGCAAGGUUGAUGAGGUCGAUAAAGCCGCUCAAACGACCCCUCCUCCUAAUCUGAGAGGCGUGAGCAAGAAAGAUGCUUUGGAACCCGACCUGAAGAUAAGCGCCGCAAAGAGAAGACAGCCCGGUAAUAUAGACGCACCAACUGCGAAGCGUCGGAACGUGGCCAGUGCGUCCAAGGGGGCCUCACAGAAUCCCACCGAUCAAAGUACGCGGGUUAAUGGCGAGGACUGGCAACAAGUGACGGCCAGGAAGAAAAAAGAUCUCGCAUUGCAAGCCCGUAGAGGCAAACUGGACGCCAUUGUUAUAGCUGCGAUCGGCAAGCUCCACUACGCUGACAUGCUGCGUAAGGUUAAAGGUGAGCCGAAACUGAAGCAACUAAGCGAAGUAGUCCACAAAAUCAGGAGAACGCAAAAAGGCGACCUACUGCUGCGAUUGGACAAAAACGGAGAAAAAACGGAUGAGCUGAAGAAUGCAGUGAGCUUCCUAUUAGGUGACCAGGCGGCAGUUAGAAGCCUGAAACAACGCGGUUCAGUCGAGCGCAGGGAUAUCGAUGAAAUCACCUCAAGGGAGGAUAUUUGCGAAGCCAUAAAGUGCCAGUAUGUGCUGACAAACGCAGAGGUAGUCAGCCUGAGGAAGGCCUACGACAGCACCCAGAUGGCAAUAAUCAGCCUGCCGCGAGAGGACGCCAACAAGCUGCUUGCUGGUGGCAAACUACGGGUAGGCUGGAUGGUGUGCCGACUAAGAGAACACAGAACACCGGUGAAGUGUUAUCGCUGCUUGAAAUACGGGCACAUUUCCAAACAAUGUGAAGGGACUUGCGACCGAUCAAAGGUCUGCCGACGAUGCGGAGAAGAAGGGCACAUGGCAAAAGUAUGCUCCAACGAUCGCCUGUGCUUUUCCUGUAAAGGCAUACCAAACGCGGAUGGUAAACAUGUAGCGGGGAGCAGUAAGUACCCGUUAUUCAAACGCGUUUUAGCUGCUAGAGGACGCAAAUGA